CCCUGUUCUCCCUCGAAUCCGACCCUUCCACACCACAGCGCAUUCAUUGCCUCGAGCAGAACUGAAAGCAAUCCAAGAUCCAUCUCAGUCAUCAUGAAGUUCUCCAACGCUCUGAUCUCCCUGGCCGCCGCCGGCCUCGUCCAGGCUGGCCCUGUUGCCAAGCGUGGUGAUAUCACCGACGCCGACAUCCUCCAGUACGCCUUGACUCUCGAGCACCUGGAGGCUUCCUUCUACGAGCAGGGUCUGAAGAACUACACCCAGUCGGACUUUAUGGCCGCUGGAUUCAAGGACCCUACCUUCUUCGCCAACAUCAAGAUGGUUGCGGAGGAUGAAAAAGCCCACGAGGACUUCUUGACCAAGGCUUUGUCUGCUGCUGGUGCCAAGCCGGUGGAGAGAUGCACAUACUCUUUCCCGGCGACCGAUGUCAAGAGUUUCCUCGCUGUUGGUAGCAUGCUGGAGGGCGUCGGUGUCAGCGCCUACCUCGGCGCAGCCGCCCACAUCAUGAACGCCACCUACCUCUCCGCAGCCGGCAGCAUCCUCACCGUCGAAGCGCGCCACAGCGCCUACCUCCGCGCCGCCCAAGGCGAAGCCCCUGCCGCGCAGCCCUUCGACAACCCCCUCGACUUCAACGAGGUCUACACCGUCGCCUCGCCAUUCAUCGCCUCGUGCCCCGGCAGCAACAUGAUGCUGCCCGUCAAGGCUUUCCCGUCGCUCACGAUGGCGGGCGGCAAGGCCAUGACCGGCUCGAUGGUGCAGUUGAUGGCCGGCAAGGGCUUUGAAAAGAUGAACACAAAGGAUGUGCAUGCUGCGUUUAUCACUGCUACUGGUCCUGUGUGGACAUCUGUUCAGGAUAAGGGUGAUGGAAAGUUCAUGGUUACUGUUCCUAAGGGUGUUAUGGGUCAGAGCUAUGUUGUCUUGACUCAUGGGGACAAGCAGGCUACCGAUGAUAACAUUGUUGCUGGUCCUGCUAUUAUUGAGGUCUCAGACAUGAUGAAAAGCGGUAACAUGGGUAUGGACAGCAGCAUGUCGAUGUCGAUGUCGAUGUCGAUGCCCAUGGCCUCUGCCUCUGGCUCGAUGUCCGGAUGGAUGCCAUCUGCCUCUGGUUCCAUGGCUAUGCCCUCCGGCUGGAUGCCCAUGGCCUCUGGAUCGAUGACCCCUAGUGCCUCGAUGAGCUCUCCUUCGUCUUUGUUCACCGGAGCUGCUGCUAAGAACACGAUGAGCGGUGCUGUCGGUGCUGGUAUGGGUCUUAGUGCGCUUUUUGCUGCUGCUAUGAUGGUUUAAUGCGAUGGAAUGUGUAUAUUUUUGUGUUAAUAUGGAAGGAAUACUGUGUGGUAAUGAGUCCAUUGGAUAUCCGAUGAGUUAUUAAUGUUUAUAAUAUUCAUAAUUAUAUUGAAAUACGUGU